CGGACAGCUCCCUUCAGCUAGUGGAGGACCGACGUCAGUGUUUGUGCUGCUCCGGGAAGAUGGCGGAGGCUGCGGCUGUUCCCUCGCAUCGGUUUUUCUGUCACUGUUGUAAGGGAGAAGUAAAUCCCAAACUCCCGGAAUACAUCUGUCCAAGAUGUGAUUCAGGUUUCAUAGAGGAAGUAACAGAGGAUUCCAGUCUUCUAGACGGCGGUGCAAAUGGGAUAGAUGACACAGCCACACAGUUUGCAGAGCUGUGGCACCUCCUGUUAUUGGAGAGGCCGUUUACAACAGACAGUGACACUCCUGACUCCGAGCCAAGGCUCUCCAGCAGUCGUUUGGGGAGUUUUAGUGAUUUCGGAGGACUGGGGGCUGGACCGAUCGGGGGAUCGGUUCCAGCUGGUCUCGGGGGGCAGAUGGGUGGUCUGUUAGGAUCCAAUGAACACUUCGGACCAGGCCGCCCACCUCGCCUUCACAGCCAGAGGAGAUACCGGUUCAGAGGCAGCAGCAGACCAGAGCGCUCACCUGCUGUGGAGGGGAUCGUACAGCAGUUUCUUGCUGGUCUUUUUGCCAACUCUGGAGUGCCUGGCUCCCCUCCCCUGUCAUGGACAGGGAUGCUGCACUCCAACCCCGGGGACUACGCAUGGGGACAAGGAGGGUUAGACGCAGUGAUAACACAGUUACUAGGUCAGCUGGAGAACACGGGACCUCCUCCAGCUGAGAAAGAAAAAAUCUCUUCUCUCCCAACUGUCAAUAUAUCUCAGGAACAAGCAGAUUGCUGUAUGGAGUGUCCAGUGUGCAAAGAGGACUUCACAGUGGGAGAGCCUGUCAGAAAACUCCCCUGCAAUCACUUCUUUCAUUCAGACUGUAUAGUACCGUGGCUGGAAAUGCACGACACAUGUCCGGUGUGUAGGAUGAGUUUGAGUGGAGAAGACAGCAGCCAGCCCCAGUCAGAGUCCCCCUCGCUCCCCACGGACCCCCGCACACAGGAGAGAUGGUCUUUCUGAGACCCCCGUCCACCAAAAUGCUUCUCACUUCCCUUUGUUCAUCUCUCUCAAUCAUUUCAGUCUGACUUUUUUGUACUUUUUCUUUUCUAUUUUAAUGCUCUCCUCAGUCAUGUUCUCUACAGAUGUCUUAAUAACGCAUUACAGUUUGUCGAAGCGGUUUCCCUUUUGACAAACCAACUUAGAAACAAUGCUCAUUUUACCCGUUUCCUCUAUUUCCAGCACUGAAUCAAACCACAUCUUUGUUUAAAUAUACAACACAACACCAUGAUUUGAAGUCAAACAGCAUGCCCUCUUUCAUCAAUUGAAACCUGCAGCUGAGCCUCCAUAGGUGGGACGGUGGUGCAUUUCCAGAACGCCGUAUGCUCAAACUGAACUCGGUGCCGUACUUUGUUUUAUUGGACUGUACUGUUUAAAGAAAAGAAAAAAAAGUUCUUGUUUCUGUGUCGGCACCCUUACGCUUUUCCACUGAUGACACAGUUUUCAUGUUUGAAUGAUGUCUGAGAAGAAACGAAAGCCGUCUUCAGAGGACAGGAAGGGGAUCGUUGCACCUUCCAGAACUUUCUCCAUUUGACGGCUCCAUCUCCGCACCAGCGGGGGGGUGAAACUCUUUUCCUCCACCUCCUAUCUGAUCUGAACUUUUAAGUUCCACUGCUCCCACUUUCAGUGUAUAUACUAUAAAGAGAUGGCAUUCCUGUCAUUUUAUUCUUCAGUUUGACCUCAACCUCACAUUUUUAUCACUUAACCUUUGAUGUAAAUAAUUUUAGUCCAGCCAAUUUAAGGUUUGCAGAGUAAAGAAACAAAGUCGAGAAUGGAGAUGCAAAUGUGAAAUACCUGGUUAUCAAGCUGUAUAUUAUAUAUAUGAAAAAUGUCUAUGAUGUUAAUAAAUUGACAAACUAAUGGUU